UUUUGCAAAAGAUGGUUCUGAAACUCUCUUUCGUCAGCUGGAACACAGAAUUGAAAAUAUGAAGAGGCCACAAAGCUCACUGAAGAGGCAAGCAGGGGGUGAAAAUUCAACAAAGAAAAGGCCCAGGAAUUCAGAUCGGUAUGGAUGUGUGGCGUGGGAUCCAAUCAUUGAGGGGGCCGUGUGUAGAGAAGACCUGCUGUCUAAACGAGAUGAGUUGAAACGUGCCUUUCAAACCCAGGAUCUUCAGGAGUCAUCUGUUCGAAAAUUGAUGACUGAAACAUAUCCCAUUCAGCGUGAAAUCCUCAACGAUGAUGAUACCACUAUUGCCGUUGUAAAGGACGAGUGGCCGUUCCUGUUUGAAGUUCCUCACCUGUUUGAUCAUGCAUCUAAACUCCUUGGCUUCUCUGUACAAAACAAGCUGGCACAGGAACUUUCCAAAAAAGAAAAGGGGAUCAAUGACUUCCUUGACUUCAAAGGGAUGAAGGCGGGCGAAGGUCCAAUACAGCUCAUCUGUGGCAUUUCAAAAUACUUCAAGGAAGACUCUUAUAAACUCUUCCACCAAAAAGAGAUCUCUGCAGAUCCUGAAGUCGAACUCCCAGUGACCCCAUGCAUCCUAAUCAGAGGUGACCAGCAAUUCAAGAUUGCUGUUGAUGGGUUACUUGUCAAUGACCACAUCACCUCUCCCAUUGUGGCCUUGAGCUACGUCUUCUCCAUGUUUUAUGUCUGCAACGUCCAAUACCCACCGGAGAUGGCUUUUACUCUCGAAUUCAUGCAAAGAGUUUUCUUUGGGGUCAAUCCUGAGCGAGGCUCCAAGGCAGAGAAGAAGGGAAGAAACGGCACUUCAUUCCUCCACAGGUGUGCAAGCUGGUUUCUCAGCUGA